AUGCAUUCCCCCCACGGCAGGGGCCUGGGGGCGGGGCCCCAGGCGGCCGGGCGGCCGAUGGACAAAGGCAGCCAGAGCACAUUGUACGUGGGCAACCUACACCCCUUCGUGACGGAGAACAUGCUGCAGGAGAUCUUCACCUACGCGGGCGUCGUGGAGCAAGUGAAGAUUGUCAGGGACAAGACGACGGGCGCAAGCGCGGGCUACGGCUUCGUGAAGUACUACGAGCCGCGCAGCGCGCAGGUGGCGCUGCAGACGCUCACCAGCAAGGUGAUCUACGACCGGGAGGUGCGCCUGAACUGGGCCUUCCAGAGCAGCCAGCGCGAGGACACCAGCAAGCAUUUCCACAUGUUCGUGGGCGACCUGAGCCAGGACGUCACGGACGCGGCGCUCUACGCGGCAUUCAGCGGCGUGGGCUCCAGGACGUGCUCGGACGCGAGGGUCAUGUGGGACCACAGCACGGGCCGCUCCAAGGGCUACGGCUUCGUGUCCUUCAGGAGUCGGGAGGACGCCGAGCGGGCGAUCCAGGAGAUGCACGGCCAGCUGAUUGGGUCGCGGCGCGUGCGGUGCGGGUGGGCGCAGCACAAGCAGCAAGACACGUCCCAGCCGAUGGACUACGACACCCUGGACAAGGCUGAUCCAACCAACACCAAUGUGUACAUUGGCAACAUUCCAGCUGAAAUGACCGACACUGACAUACGCCGGCACUUUCAGCAGUUUGGACCUGUUGUAGAUGUCAAGCUGCACAAGAAGGGAGGCUACGGGUUUGUCAGAUUUCAGGUGAGCCUUGGGGAUUACUGGUGCUGGGAAUGUCAUGAUUGGCCCAAGACUGUGGGCUGCCUGACACAAGAGUGGAUGGCUGCCACGCACUUUCCUCUGUGA